CAGACUCACACCGCCCGCACUGUUUUAUUUACAAACUGGGUCCACUUGAAGUCUCUGUCUGCGUAUGUAACUCCAAAUUUGCUUCACUGGACAGCAACGGAACUUUGAAUCUCAUUUCUGCGUCAUCUUAGCACAUGUUGUGAGAGCACUCUAGGGUUCUGAUUUUCCGGCGACGUUUUUCUGAAGAUGAAGAUGGAUUCCGGGGAGACUCAGACGGUGAUUGACUUUUUCUGACGAGUUUAUUGAAAUGCCGGUGAAUUCUAGACACAAACUUGCAUAAUUCCUCUUCUUCCAUUGCGGUGAUUUUUCUGAGAUGAAGAUAAUCGCUAAAAUCUACUGUAUCUUAAUGCUUCAACUGCUAUGCGUUUUGUUUUUUUCUGGGAAAAGGAUCCACGCUUUGUCAUAUGACUACUCUGCCACAACAGAGUGCCUGGCAGAGCCCUGGAGACCGCAUUAUGGAGGGGGAUUGAUUGUUAACCCGGAAUUUGAUGAUGGGAUUGAAGGGUGGACUGUGUUUGGACAAGGAGCCAUCAGAGAAGGAACAUCACAUAAUGGCAACAAGUAUAUUAUAGCACACAGUAGAACACAAUCUCUGGACAGUUUCUCCCAGAAGGUUCAACUUGAGAAAGGAAAAUUCUAUAGUUUUUCCGGUUGGGUUCAAAUCAGUGAAGGAAGUGAGACUGUUUUUGUUGUGUUUAAGACUUCUGAUGGCAAAAUGAUUCACGGCGGGAAAGUUAUUGCUAAGCAUGGUUGCUGGUCUUUGCUCAAAGGUGGCCUACUUCCCAAUUUCACAAGUGUUGUGGAGAUUUUUCUCAAGAGCAAGAAUACAAAAGUGGAAAUAUGGGCAGAUAACAUCUCAUUACAGUCCUUCACUAAGAAGCAAUGGAGAUCCCACCAAGAAAAAAGCAUUGAUAAGGUGCGUAAGCACAAGGUGAAGUUCCAAUUAAAUUAUGCAAAUAAAACUUCAUUGGACACUGCCAUAGUUUCCAUCAAACAAACCGAUUCCAACAUCCCAUUUGGAUGCGGUAUGAAUCAGAAAAUCCUGUCAAGCACAGAUUACCAGAACUGGUUUGUCUCAAGAUUCAAGUUUACCACUUUCACAAAUGCAAUGAAAUGGUAUAGCACAGAGGAAAAACAAGGACAAGAAAACUAUACGAUUGCUGAUGCUAUGGUGAAAUUUUCCAAGCAGAAUGGCAUUUCUAUAAGAGGUCACAACAUUUUGUGGGACGAUCCCAAGUAUCAGCCCGAAUGGGUUAAGACUCUUGCUCCCAAGGAGUUGCGAAAGGCAGCAGAAAAAAGAAUAAAGUCAGUGGUUUCAAGAUAUUCAGGACAACUGAUUGCUUGGGAUGUAGUGAAUGAGAAUCUACACUUCAGAUUUUUUGAAGAUAAACUUGGCGAAAAUGCUUCGGCAGAAUUCUAUAACAAAGCUUACCAGCUUGAUCCGAAAACAGCCAUGUUCAUGAAUGAGUACAACACCACUGAGUGUGCUAUAGAUGAGGCACCAAAUGCAAUCAACUAUAAGAAGAAACUUGAGGAAAUUCGGUCAUUUCCAGGAAAUGCUGAUAUGCUAUUAGGAAUUGGAGUGCAAGGCCGUUUUGGUGGUGAUAAGCCGCCAGACGUUGCUUACAUGAGAUCUUCCUUGGACAUUCUGGCGUCAACACGAUUGCCUAUAUGGUACACAGAAGUUUGUGUGGGAAAUGGCACAAAUCAGGCACAAUACUUGGAGGAGGUACUUCGGGAGGCUUACUCUCAUCCUGCAGUUGAAGGGAUUAUCACAUUUGCAGGGCCAGAAAGUGCUGGUUUUAAGGAAAUGCCUUUAGUAGACAAUGACUUCAAGAAUACUCCAGCCGGAGAUGUUGUGGACAAAUUGCUUGCAGAAUGGAAAUGUAAGAAUCUUCAACUUGAAACUACUUCAGGUAGUGGAGGAUCCUUUGAAGUUUCAUUGCCUCAUGGAGAUUACAAUGUAACUGUUAAACACCCAGGUUCAAACUCUACCACUUCCAUCAAUUUCAAGGUGACAAAACACCUUCCUCUAGGAAUAGUAAAUGUUGAGGUUGGUACCUGAUUAAGAAUCUAGUUGAGUAAUAGCUUCUUAUAACGGAAAGGGAAAUCAAUAUUCUCAAGACUACUGCAAUCAUAAAUAAUUGUCCAAUUUUUAAAAGAUUCGGUGCACUUUGAAUUAUAUGAACUAAAUAUGUGCCCUACUUUAAAAA